CAUGCCUUAUCAAUAAACCGUUCAAUGCUGUUUAUCGAAGAAGACCUGCCUCAAUUUGUGCUUUCUAUUCCUUCAUCCAGCCAUGAGUGACCUCGAAUCUAUGUUAGAGCAAUUGGAUCUUAUCGGCAAACAUAUGUGGGACAUCUCUCUUGACAAGUCCUCGUUCAGUAGCCUGAAAACGAAGAUAUCGGACUUGGAAGCGCAGAUUGCUGUGCAUGAUGCACUCCAAAAUACUGUGAGGCAACUACAGGAAUCCGGUACCUCUACUUUGACAAAACCCCAGAGUAGAGUAUCAAAAUUCCUCGAAACUCUCUACGGAAACAACGCAAGUGCCACAGACGAGUCCAGAUGGAACUCAUUGCGCUGCUUGGACUGUGAAACGUUUCUGUUCAUUGCCGUAUCUUACACUCCCAUGGAUAUCACGAAAAUGCCCCGUAUUGGGUUCCAGUAUCUCAUCGAAAGCGCUCCGAAGUAUCUUAGUAAAAAGCUGCUCCCUCCUAGAUGGAUGUUUAGUAGGGAGCUCCAGCUGGGAGUGGCAGAUAAAGCGGACCUGGCAGGCAUAGCGCAGUUUAAGAGACGAUAUCAUGAACUAGAAUUUGACAUGAAUAAUACUCUGGAUGAUGAGGAGCGACGCAAGCGUCCCCGAGCAGAAGGACAAAGUAACGAUAAAGAUGGUCCGCCUCGGAAACUAUUGCUGCCUCGCUACUACAAGUAGCGCCGAGAUAGUCCCGUGAGUAUUGCUGCGCAAUGUCCUGCAUUCACAAGCAGGACACUAAGCCUCGAAACUUGCCAUAUGUCCUGGACACUGAGGCUAUUGUUUGCGCAGGACAAGGGAUGGCCUGGCGCACAAGGGGAGCGACUUGAUCGCAAGUGUAACGGUUGGCCUGGGUGGCUUGAAAGAUUGGGUGAACAGUGCGAUGAAUUCGAUAAAGAGCCAUAAGGGCGUCCUCCUGGUUCUAAUAGUAACUUUAUCGUAAAGUUCUUCUUGUAGAGUUACCCAGUACUACGGGUAUCAAUAGUGGAGUACCAUGGGAUACUGCCAAUAUUCCAGGAUGCUGUUGUCAUGUGCCGG